CCACGACCGGCACCACCUGCGCCACAUGUACAAAUAUAACCAGGAGCGCUCAUAGUCUAGAUCAGUGAUAUCGUAUGAUGACAUCGGUGAUAGAGGUCGAUACGCCAAGUCCGUUUUAGCGUACCUGCUAUCCUAAGCAUGAGGAGCUGCUAGUGAAUUUUCAUUGCUAAUGUUCUUCGUGGUGUGCUUGUCGUGUAUCACCAGCAAGAACACAUCAUUGUAGUUUCAUCAUAAGUUGACACACUUUAUUUUGAUUCCACCAUAUCGAUAUCGCCCAUGUUGGAUCGCCGUAUAGACCAGUUUUCUAGUACAAUAUAGAUACCAUGACUCUGUGCUCGCUUUUCUAUCGCGCAGCAGUGAAGAGCGUCGCGGCACCGCUCCUGCUCGCGUGUGUCUGGGCGGUAACAGUAUCCGGGACUACGAGCUCAGCGGCCGCACUUCUCUGUGUUGGAUGGGCCUUGGUGGCACGGGCGUUCUUGGUAACAAGAGUUUUAGGAGGUGAAAUUGAUGUCUCGUCUAGUAUUCGUAUUCCUUCCUCAGGGUCAGGGUUUUCUUCAUGCAUUGACACAUGGAACAGCUUUUUUUGUGAUGACGUUUGGGCGUGUAGUUUUACGGUAGUCAACUUUCCUUUUCGUGAAGACCGUCAACAAGAAGAUAAAUUCUGAACGAUAAAAAAACAGUUGCAAACCCGACCUGAGUUUCAUUGUUCUUCCGUGCUUUUGUGGGUAGAACGAAUCAGCUGGAAGCAGGUUGUCAUCGCAUUCGGAUCAGUUGUAAUAUUCGCUUGUAUUGACGAUGAUGCACUCGUGUCAGCAUCAUUUUGGGUAUACCCUAGCACGGUGACUGGCUUCUAUUCUGCAUCUUCCUAUGGUGCAACUGGGGCAGCAAGUAAAGUAAAGCACCCUGGUAGUUUUUCCUCGAGCAGCAAGUCCGGCAGUGUCAAUAGCGUUCUGCUAGAUCCCGCGUCGAACUUCGCGUACUUCGCCUUUCCAGUAGCAAAAGGCGACCAAAGUAGCGAAGCUGAGCAUGAAGCUGCUCUGCCGCUGUCAGAAGCAGAUCGCCGACUCGCGGCGCUGGCUAAUCCGAGCCUCUCUCGGCCGGCGACUGAUACCGCUGCAACAAAAGGAGCCACUCCCGCGUUGAGCAAUACUGCAGAAGCAAGGCGGACAAGCUAUCUCGGACAUCACACUACAUCACUGAUCGACCUAUUUUUUCGUUUUCUUUCCCCCACCUUCUUCCUCGCAGUCUUGUGCUCCAUGAACAUUUUCUUGUGGGCAGCAGGGCUGCACCUUCUCUUUCGGUUCGUUGGGAAUCAGCAAUAUGUGUUGAAGUUUGGAACGAAGCCCGCCUUCUUUAGUCGACUGCGGAGAGAACUUCCGGAUAUUCUCGUAUCUUGCGCCAAGCUGGCGAUAACCGCGGGCCUGUUGGCCCGGGAUGGGUGGAGGUACCAUUAUUGACGUGAUAUCGUUAUGCAAGUUCUAUAAAAUCUUGUGCUGACUUAUCUGCCUUGGACUAUCACGAUGGUAAAAUUCAGUCUGAACUACCACUUGAGGUUUCCCCAUCGAUCACGCAAUUUCCAUCAAUUAUAUUUACAAUAUAGGAUCCCAGCUGUCUUCUGUCUUCUCUUCGUUUUCGAAGUGGAAGCAAUUGCUUUGCACGAGUCUGGUGAUAUUGCCCGGAAUGUUGUGGGCUUCAUACCGACAAUCCAAUUGCAAGAGAGGUUGGCGCAGAGUCUUUCCUACCCAACCGGAAGCCUUGAAGUCGAGCUUAGUUUUGUGUUCGUAGCACAGAUCAGUAGGUGUGGGCGAAGAGAGUGGACGGAAACGCUCUUUCGGGAACGAGGCAUCUUGUCGCAGUUUUUCGUACAUGCAGGUGCUGCCGCUGAGGCUGGCGCAAGAAGGGCGAUAGACAGUGACUAUGUAGGCUUUUUUGAAAACGAAUGUGCUUUGCGCUUCGGAAUACGAGCUCUGGGAGACUGGGUUGCGCUAAGUAAGCGUUUGGACGGACGUGGAGGACUUGUGCUUCUAGCAGAGCCAAUAGCCGCUUUAGCCGUACUCUGCGAUGCAGUGACUCCGGCUGUUCAGCAGUUUCCAGUGGGGACAGCCUCGACGUUGCGCCUGUACUCUGGCAAAAACAACAAGGCUUUAGAGAAUGGCGAUCAUGGAAGAAGUGGUGGAAACUUUGUAGGUGGAGGCGGUGUUGAGCAAAGUACUAGACCAGGAGCGCCACAGCCAGCAUCUCUUUCAUUUGUUGGCUCCCUGCAUGCUCUGACAGAGAGAAUCCGACUCACGCUGUUUAGACCUCAAAAUUAUGCUUCGAACUACAGUGAACCAGCCCGCUUAGUCUCUGAUUCACGAGGAAGCUACAUGCAAAAGUCGACCGUUUCUCCCGACUUUCCUGCACCAAAUGAAGCGAGGGGGAAUGCCUACAUCAGUUCAGAAGCUGAGCACACUGCAAUUUUGGUUUCAUCAGAGAGCACUGCUGGAGCUGAAAUUUUACAGGCUAUGGAGAGAAUAAUCGCGGAAGCGCAUUUGUCCCUGACUCAAUGGAUCGAGUUGUUCGGAGAAGUCACGAUUCGUGACCACUGGCCACGAAAGCAUGGCCGAUUACUGUCGGUCCUACUUGGAGAGACGGAGCAUCCGAUGUCCAUGUUCAAUCUGCAGCGAGACGCCGGGAGAAGCGCUGUUGUGAGUGCAACCCUGGUUGGAGGUUCGAGAGGAUGCCUGGCAGGCGGGAAUUUUUUGUCGGGCAGUAGCAGUUCUUCAAGCGGUGUAAAAAGAGGGCCUUCAAUAGCGGCGUCGUCAAGUAGUGCAGCAUUGGGCGCGCCGCGCACAGGUGUGUCAAGGGGUCGAAAUGUGAAGUACACAAAUUCUGUUCAACCAGGCAUCGCUGGAUCAGGCGGACGCGGCAGUUUGUUCGGAGCAUCCUACAGUCACGCUAACGCGGCAACUCCAUUUGAUACUGGGCGGAGCCAGCGUAGAGUAAAUCAAGGCACCACAACUGGCAGUACUGUCGGGCACCAGUCUCCGCAACGCAUCCGAACAAAUGACAAGCACACACCUAGCGCGUCAUUCAUUGGUCCAGGGAAUGACCCCGACCGGUCCGCAAGCGCCAGUGCUAGGGGGGCAGCCUUCAGCGGUAGUAAAUAUUUCCUUUUUGGUCAGUCAUCUUCAUCACCCGACGAAUCAGCGACGGGACCAAGCUUUGGGCACGCUGCGGCAACUCAUGCACCACCUGGUACACGGAAGCCCUCUGGCUUUAGGCAAAGAGUGAAACAGGCGAGCUUUUUCUAACUGGCAACACCUGCUGCUUUGAGAAUAGUUUCAACAGGGGACGUUACCCGACUAGAUGAAGAGAUUUGCGAGUGGUUACAACCUAUGAAUCGAAAAAUUAACUUCGACGUCUCGAAGAAGAACGAGGAGAAGAGAUAAUAAAGGGAGACACCCAGCAGCUGUAGCGUGGAGAUUAGGAUUACUUGGUGUGAAUUUUAAAAGCUGGGUAUCGACGGCGCAUUGGCCUUUCCCUUCUGCAAGAAAAGAUAGACAUUCGUAACAAACUAACAGGGGAGCGUUGGUUCUUUUUCAAGUGGUUAUUUGUGAAUCUGAACAGCAUAUUAUGGACUCGGUGAAAAUUUAGGACGCACUGAACGCAAACGAUUAUACUAAAGAUCGAUCAUGCCCAUACUGUAGCCUAAUCUAGACUCCUUACCUGCUUGCGCCUGCAGGUGAGGACCCAGCAGUUCAAGUUUUGAUUGUAGUUCGCGAAAACCACCUGUGCAAGCAUAAGCAAGCAUACGGCUCCAAC